AUGGUGUCUAUUCGGAGACUCUGUCAGUGUGUCGCAGCAAUUAUCCUGCUCCAGCCAGGUCUCGCUACCAAUACCAAUAAUCAGAUCCUGUUUGGUGCCAACGGCGAGGCUAAAGCUAAAAAAGACAGUCCAGGUUGCAAGGAUGUCUUCUUUGCAACAAUGCAUGUUCCCCGGAAUACCACAGGUGGUGAAAAGUCACUUUCAGUGAUACAUCGGGAUGGCCGGCUGUACGCAGUGAAAGAUAAAGAUCCAACUCAGUGGGCAAUCCAGAAGAACCAGAAUGGGCGCUACUUUAUCUCCAAUACGCAUCCUUCGGGUGCGGGUCACUGGUGGUACAGAAAUGGCAGGGAGAUCGGAGUUAGCCCAGCCAAUUGGAAUGCAAAAGAGGUCUCAUUCGCCCAGGCUGUAGAGUCCGACACCCCGUUCUCCAAGGUCACUGUGUUCUGGGAUGACCUGUGCCUGGUGGUACCGGACAGCGAAUCUCAGCCCUUAAUGAUGCUCCCACAGUCAGCGUGCGAUCCUGUUAUUCUAGAAAUUUCCGAGCCCUUGCAGUGGAAGUCCCCUGAUGAGAUCUGCAAGAAUGAGGAAACCUUAGGUAAAAGUGAUAGCGUGUAA